AUGGACGACCAGACAACUCACGUACGAGAACCACAUAGUUUCAACGUUGAUAACCUUCAGAAAUAUCUUUCUGCAAAGUCAUUAUUGUCUGAUGAUGAUAAAGUAACUCUCAGGCAAUUCAGUUUUGGUCAGUCCAACCCAACUUUUUUAAUAGAGUCUCCAACUAGAAGCUAUGUGCUCAGGAAGAAGCCUCCAGGUGAGCUCCUGCCAGGGGCGCAUAAGGUGGAUAGAGAGUAUCAUGUGCAAAAAGUACUUUUCUCAGCUGGCUUUCCUGUUCCCCAGCCUCUGCUCCACUGCACUGAUCCACACAUCAUCGGAACCGAGUUCUACAUAAUGGAACAUGCGAAGGGGCGUAUAUUCCGGGACCUGCGCCUCCCUGGACUCUCUGUUGCAGAGAGAACAGCUCUGUAUGUUGCUGCAGUUGAAGUUUUGGCAAAGCUUCAUUCUCUCUCAGUGGCAUCUCUAAAACUUGGAGGAUAUGGAAAAGGACCAGGGUACUGCAAGAGGCAGGUGUCCACCUGGACAAAGCAGUACAGUGCUGCUGCCCACAAAGACAUUCCAGACAUGAACAAUCUUUCAGAUUGGCUGUUGAAGCAUCUCCCGGACAAUGAUGAUGAAAUAACUCUGGUCCAUGGAGAUUUCCGAAUAGAUAAUUUGAUAUUUCAUGCAAAAGAGGCUCGUGUAAUUGCAGUCUUAGACUGGGAGCUUUCCACCACUGGCCAACCAAUAGCUGACUUGGCAUACUUUCUUAUGCCCCACUACUGGCCCGAAGACUUUAACAUCCUCAGUUCGAUGGGCAGCUUUAAAGGAAUAGAUGGUAUUCCAUCUGUGGAGGAUCUUGUCUCCAUUUAUUGUCAUUUUCGAGGAAUCCCAUCUUCGAUGCCGGAUCUGAACUUCUAUCUGGCCCUGUCUGUAUUUAAAAUGGCAGGCAUUGCCCAGGGAAUUUAUGCUCGCUAUCUUCUGGGUAAUGCCAGUGCCCAAAAUGCUGCUAAGUUUGGCCAGUAUGUGGAGCCAAUGGCUGCGAUCGCCUUGCAGAUUGCUCAGAGGACUCUUUCAACAACAGCAAAAGACCCUGAGGACUCAUUGCUUCGUCAGACACGUAAAGGUCAAACUGUUCUGCGGCAGGUCAAAGACUUCAUGAAAAAACAUAUUCUACCUGCACAGAAGGAAGUCCAAGAGUAUUACAUCAAACAUGCCCAGUCCCCACAGAGAUGGCACACUCCUCUAAUCAUUAAGAAUCUCCAGGUGAAGGCGCGGGAGGCAGGGUUGUGGAAUCUGUUCCUGCCAGCUGUCAGCGGCCUGACUCAGCUGGACUAUGCCUAUAUUGCAGAGGAAACUGGGUGCUGCCUUUUCGCUCCAGAAAUCUUUAACUGCCAGGCUCCAGACACUGGAAACAUGGAGGUCCUCCACAUGUUUGGCAGUGAGGAACAGAAGAAGCUCUGGCUACAGCCUCUGCUCAAAGGAGAGAUCCGGUCCUGCUUCUGCAUGACAGAACCUGAUGUUGCUUCUAGUGAUGCCACUAACAUAGAAUGCACCGUGGACAGAGACGGAGACAGCUACGUUAUAAACGGAAAGAAAUGGUGGAGCAGUGGAGGAGGAGCUCAGGGGAAGACGGCGUCCAGAAUCAAGAUGAAUUUCUGA